AUGGCAACCAAUAACAAACAAUGUCAGACUUCUGUCAACGAGCAUGUGAGCAUCUCAUCUUUGGAGGAAUAUGUUCAAGGAAUGUUCGAUGAGAGCGUGGCGGUGGAUGCUCUUGAAGUAGAGAGUUCUCCCAGCUCAGAGGAGGACGCGGUGCAAGCAGCUAUGAGCAAGUUUAAUCCGCCCGCGCGGCACACAGCCAGACACGACUUCGAUUCAGAGAGCGACAGUGAUUCCAGCCCCGAGAAUUUCAUUGGAAAUAUUUCCGAACAAGAACAGUCUCCGCAAAGAAAGAUAAAAUCUGCGGACAAGCACGAGCCGAAGAAGCUUGGGAAGGGCAGCGGCGGGAAGUCCAAGCAGCCUAAACGCCAUGACUCCUCUAAUUCCGAUUCGGAGAGCGGCGAGGAGGUGGAGAAUAGAGAGCUGGUGGUGGGCAGCGGGGUAGGGCGGAAGCGGGGGGUGGUGAUCCCGGCCGAAGGCGCCUAUGACCCAAAGCAGUUUCAGGAUCUAAAAGUUCCACCAGAAAUGGAGAACAUAUUUCAGUACAUUAUGAAGUACACCCCCCAGAAGAUAGAGCUAGAGGCACGGUUGCGCGCGUUUGUGCCGGAGUGCGUGCCGGCGGUGGGCGACUGCGACGCGUUGCUCAAGCUGAGCACGCCGCUCGCCGCGCCGCGCGCCACGCCGCUCGACGAGCAUGUGCUCGCGCACAUUGACAAUUUGGGUCUGACGAUCCUGGACGAGCCGGCCGCUGAGCAGAGCGAGCCAGCACUGCUGCACCUGCAGCUCAGAGCCAUCUCCAAGACAGCUGGCGGGAAAACCACGUUGACGAAAAAAAUUGAGGAAGCGGAGAAGAAUCCGAAAGCGAUCGAGCGCUGGAUCAAGGACGUGAGCGAGCUACACGCGGCCAAGCCGCCGCCCACCGUUACGUACACCAGAAAAAUGCCGGACAUAGAUAGCCUGAUGGAGGAGUGGCCAGAGGCGAUGGAGGAAGCCCUCAACGAGGUGGGCUUCCCCCCGGCCAGUUUGGACUGCAGCCUCUCGCAGUACGUGGAGCUGGUGUGCGCACUCCUGGACGUGCCGCUGCACGAGCGCACGCUGCACGACAGGAUCCAGGCGCUGCAUCUCCUCUUCUCGCUCUACUCCGCCGUGAAGAACUCGCAGUUGUACGCCGAGAGGCAGAAAGAGAAGGAAGUAGAGAAAUGA